AUGGAGCGGGAAGUGGCCAAUUCCAAGGGAAAAGUGAAGAACGGAUCAAGAGGAAGAAAAAAAGAUAGAUCAAGAAGAAAAUCAAGAAGCGCAUCAAGGAGGAGAUCAAGAAGCGCAUCAAGGUCGAGAUCUAGAAGCGCAUCAAUGUCGAGAUCAAGAAGCGCAUCAAGAAGAUCAAGAAGCGCAUCAAGGAGAAGAUCAAGAAGCGCAUCAAGGAGAAGAUCAAGAAGCGCAUCAAGGAGAAGAUCGCGUUCCCUUUCUAGUAGAGGGCGAAGCACAGAGAAGUCUGGAGGAAAUUCCGCGGCCGAAUUGAGACGAAAUUUGGACAAAUCAGCGGAUAAAUUUCCGCUUCGACUACUGGUGGAAGGGGAGUCCUGUCUCAUUGAUCCCCACAUUUCUGAGAUGGAGAUUACACUUUACAGAGCAGUACCCGAAGAGGGUAAUUUGCCUCUUUUUUUUGAUACAACCGCGUGUCUUUUUAGUGAUCAUGGCGGUCAGACUGAUUAUGUGGGCGUGGGACGCGAGACGACGAACAACAAGGGCCUUUCCCAUAUUCCUCAUGCGGUACUCAAGUUUGAGGCAGAUUCUGUAGGGUCCAGAAAUUUUUUAGAACCUGCUGGGGGACCUAGUGUAAUAGCCGGUGACGGUGUUAGUGUGAACUUGAAAAGACUGGUAAUGUGGGGUGGAUUUUCGUUGUGUGCUACGCUUUUUACUAAAAAUACGAGUCUUACUGAAGUGACCGAUGCGUAUUAUGCAGUGAAGGUGCCUAAAGCCCAGAUACCCUUGGCGGUUGUUCCCGUGACACCGACUAGUUCUCAUAAUUCAUGUAUCGCAUUAAUGGUGCGGAAGAUGAAGGGAAAUACCAAAGCCGUUUGGGAGCUUGUCCGAAUUGGUGAAUUAUGUGCCCAACAGGAUGUCAAGGGAGUUUUGGUUGCCUUACAGAAUCGGGGUCUGGUGUGUCCUGCCGACUAUCGUUUGCUUUCCUAUCAAGGGUUGGAUUACAGCUCUGAGGGUUGUGAUGAAGAGAGUUUCGCAUUCGACGAUGAUGACGAGGACGACGAUGAGGGUGAUAAUGCCGUGGAUAAUUCCAUAGUUGAUGAGAACGCAAGGUUUGAAAACCUGCUAGCGAACGUGCCACGUGUGGCACGUGAGGGGAGGCGUCAGUACAGCGUUGGGCGUUCCAUAUUAAAUACCGUUUUGGAUACGGCUGACGGCUCAGAUGACGAUGAGGUAAUGAGGGAUGCUCUUCGAGCAGUUGUCCCGCGUUAUACUAGUCUCCGCCCUGUUCGUUAUGAGGAUAAGACAUACAAUGUGGGUUCCCGCGAUGAGGUGCUUGCGUCGCACUAUGUGAGCCAUCGAGAAGAAUAUGGUUUGCAUAAUGCCGAAUCCCAAUCGGGGAAGGGGUUUUAUUUGCCCCCCAUAUUCUCGCCCUCAUCAGGAAAAUUGAGUCGGUUAUCAUUUGGCAGAACUGGGUUUGUGAGGCCAAGCGCACCGAACGAGCUUUUGGCAACGAUUCCGUCUGCACUUUCUCGCAGGAGCGGAACCGGGAGGCGUGGCGGGCGUUCUUCUGUGGGCUUACCCAAGCUCUCUGUGCUCCGCGGCCGCUCCAAGUCUCGUCGGGGUCGCAAGGGCAAGAAAAAGGGUCGGCGCAGCCGCAGCAAAAAGUCUCGUUCUCGUCGCUCUGGUUCCAAACGUCGGAAACGUCUUGGAAGCCGAGUGCGGUCAAGUUCGUCCAGUCGACGAAGUUCGCGGAGGGGGAACUUCAAAAAGAGCUCGGCGGCCGUCGAUCCCCAGAAUGGAAACGGGGAAGAGGAAUGA